AUGGCGGACAGUGUAUCGAAAAAAGGUAAACAUAAAAAACCAAGUCUUGGAAAGCAGUGUGCUGCCUGGGGAUGUGAUAGUAGAGGUUUAGUUGAAUUCGAGGGUGAACGUAUCACAAGUGCUUUGAGUUUCUUCCAGUUUCCGAAAGAUCCCAGUCUUAGAAAAGUGUGGUGUAAUCGUAUAAAAAGAGUUGAUGGAAAAGACAACUUUAGAGUUACUAAUUAUACUGUUUUGUGCGAGAAACAUUUUGAGAAAUCUGAUAUAAUUCGUACUCCUGGUGGCACAUUAAGGAAAUUAAAAAAAGGAGCAAAACCUAUGCUGUUUGAAGCCAUGGUAGAACAGCAGGGAAGUAAACGGAAACCUCCUGUCAACAAACCCUCUCCCCGCAAAAAAUUUAGAAACACAGUGUCAGAUUAUGAACCUCCGACAGAGUCAUUUAUGAUAGAUAUACCAGAUGUUAGUUGUGAUAUGUCAAGCCAAACAGAAGAAAGUUUUUUUGACUCACAAAGCAAAAUCGAAGCAUUGCAGAAGGAAAAUGAACAAUUUAAAAAUGAUUUGUUGCACAGAACUGUAACUACAAAAUGUAAAUUUGUUGAACAUGUGCUUUUUUCAGACGGAGCAUGUAACCACUACACUGGUUUACCAAAUGUUAAAGUUUUCAAAGGCAUACUAAUAUUUUUGAACACUGGUGACAAUGGAGAAAAUGUGGUAUUAUACAACAACCAACAGGUCAAAGGUGAUUCACAGAGAGGGAGACCCCGAAUGCUAUCCCCUUUAGAAAGUUUUUUGUUGACCCUGGUACGCAUUAGAAGAAACUUCGAUAUUUUUCAUUUAUCUUAUAUCUUUCAAGUUUCUGAAGCUACAGUCACCAAUACAGUGUUGACUUGGAUAAAUUAUAUGUACGUUAAAUUUGGAUCAAUAUGCAUAUGGCCUACCCGACAGCAGGUAAAAGAUGUAAUGCCAAAAUCAAUGAUGGAAAAAUUUCCAAAUGUACGGUGCAUUAUAGACUGUGUCGAAUUCAAAAUUGCAGUGCCUGCUUCACUUGUUGUCCAUAAAUUGAUGUAUUCAGAUUACAAAAGUCACACUACAGUAAAAGUUCUGGUUGGAAUUGCACCAGGGGGUGGCUUCACUUUUAUAUCCUCAGCCUUCCCUGGGAGCAUAUCUGAUAAAAAUAUAGUAGUGAAAAGUGGAAUAUUAUACCCGGAACUCUGGGAGCCUGGUGAUGCGAUCAUGGCAGAUCAAGGUUUUUUGAUAGCAGAAUAUGUGAAUCCAAUCGGUGUGGAGCUGAUAAUACCAUGUUUUUUGAGAGGACGAGAUCAGUUCAGUGAAAGCGAAGUUAUUCAAAGUCAACAAAUUGCCGCUGAAAGAAUACAUGUCGAAAGAAUGAUACAGAGAUUGAAAACUUUUCACAUAUUUGAUCGAGUUAUUCCUGUUAACAUGCUAGGUUCUCUUAACCAGAUCAUCACUGUUUGUGCAAUGUUAGCAAAUUUUCAAGAACCAAUUUUAAAGCUUAUUUUUGUGGUAAUGUUGCAAACUCGUAAAAAUCAAUCCUUGCAAAAAAUAUCACUUUGA